UGUAAAACUAACUUGAGAAACAGUAAAAGGUUAACUGAAAGUGAAUAGACAAAGAAAAUGGGAUUUUCGUAAAAAAGCCGGCAGCAGUUUUGGUGUUGGCUUACAUUUGAUGUCGCCUAUAUAAAAAGGAUUAUUUCACCGCGGCAUAAUGAUGAGUUCACACAAGCGGAAUUGUUGAUUUUCCCCAAAGAGCCUUCCUGCCUCAAGAAAGUAAUCUAAAUUUCGGUACAGUUUUUCACAAUGUUGCUUAUCAAUAAUGGAACACACAUUUCAAAUGAUUUCAAUUAGUGUCCUGUCAGUGAUCGAGAAAGAUUUCGGACAAGAUCGCUUCUUACUGGAAAACCCUUAUAAAACUACACAAAGUCCUAAUAUCCAGAGACUACCAAUUAUAAUCGGUAUAGCGGCAUAUGAGUUUGUCGGCGAAGCCUAUUGUAGGUAAUUUUUAAAAAUAUUUCAACUCAACAUUCAUCACUUACUAUUGCGUAACAUAUAAAUCUACAAAAAAAAUUCAACCACGAAUGGUUAAAUGAGGAAUUUAAAAAGUUUGCACCCAUCAUACUAAUGUAUGAACGAGAUACCUUAGGUUCCACGAAUAUAAGUACGUACAUGAGGUUCAUAUAUCUGGCGAAUGUCACCUUACAGUUGCCGAACACUUUAGGCUCUUUCCGGAAGUUCUGCACUAACAGUAUUAUUGGCUUCGAAUAUCAUCGAUUUUUGGAACUGAUCUCUCGUCUCACGACUAUCAUUUUACUUAUAAUUAUGAUGACUUAUUAUACCUCUUGCAUAUACCCGUCAAAACACCGUAGAUAUUGAAAAUUUCACUCGCAUUUGGGGAGUAAUUGUCAAAAGCGGGAAAGAUAUUUGGAAUAUUCUCUCAAAAAUCAGAUCAGUCUCAAACGGUCACAAAACUCAAAUCUGAACUUUGCGAGGGAAUCUGAUAGGUUAAAUAAUGAAAAUUCAACCGGGAUGAAAAUACAGUGACUGCCUCUCACUCCAUUAAAAUCAUAAUAAACCUAUCAAAAAGAGGCGUAUUACUCCAAACAUUGUGAAAAUGUAUUGUAAUUAUUUUUAGAGAUCCUAAUAAUGAAACUGGAUGAUAAAAAGUCAUAGGUACUUAUUAAUAGGGAGAGACCUGGGAGUUAAGGAGAGUGGAAUUUUCGCACAGCGGUUCCAAAUUUACGUUGUAAUUGAAAAUAAGUAAAAUCAGAUUUUCUAUGAACAAAUUCGGAGUGUAUAAUUCUGUACCUAUAUUCACAUGUUUAUUUGAAAAAGGAAAUACGAAAACUUUGUAUAAACCAAUCAAUAUUGAAAAUGGGGAAAUAGAGUUGCAAUGAAUUUUAUUACAAUUUCUUGCUUAAUUUUCAUCUUGAUGCAUUUUCACAUUUUGGUAACCGGUAAAUGUAAAACGGAACAAGCGAUGAAAAAAGAUGUGGACAAAGGAAAACAACUACAUGGAACUAAUCAAGAUAAUGAAACCAACCAUGUAGCUCAACAUAAACCAAUUGGCAAGAUUUAUUUGAUAAAUAAAUCUAAACUGAAGGAGGAAAAAAAGCUAGAUGAUAAAGCUACUUUGAACCCCAAGACGAAAGAUAUCAAUAAGGCGCAAGACAAAACCGAGGUGGAAGCCAAUGACCUAAACCUGCCAAUCAAAUUCGCUCAUUCCAAAAAGUUUAGAUUACCAACUGCACCAACGUCUGCCAGUCAAACCGAUCAGGCUAGUGAGGACUCAGAGUUGGGUUACAAUGGUGAUUUGUACGAUGUGUUUAAAAAGCGGUUAAAUCAAGUUUUUCGAGAAUUGUACCACAAUGUUAACACGCCGGCGGUUACUCAGCCUCCACCGCAAGUUGAAAUUGAAAAUGACAAACCUAAAAAGCGGUCAGCAAUUAGUAAUUGCCUUUACGAGGAAUUCAAACGGCGUUUGGACAAGUUCAAUAAUGAAUUUAUGGAGCCAACUAAAGCAAUUAAGCGCACAAGUGGCGACGUAGUUUCCACCGUUCAUGACGAUGGCAGGAAAUGUACACAAGUGACAGAAAACUUAUAUGAGGAGUAUAAAAGACGUCUCGAUAAUCUCCAUGAUGAACUUGGGCUGGAUGGCGAAAAAGUCUUUAACCCAGGUGGGCAUGCUGCUCCCAGUAAGCUAGCUUUUACAACGUCCAAACGAGAGACGACACAAAAAAGAAUUGAAUCUGAUAAAGCUGUCGAACGGAGUUUUUAUGAUGAAUAUAAGAAAAAGUUAGAUGAGCUGACUCGGGAAUUGUACAAAAAGAGCAAUGAGCGGAUCUGUCGCACAUAUGGAGAACUUAGGGAAUACGAUCUUACAUCACCAACUUUGCAGAGAUUAGUGGCGGCGCUGCAGUCGGAUGACGCGAAAGUAAUGCCUAGAAACUUACGAGAUGGAUUAAGUAGUUUCGAAGGAUCAACUAUUUUAUUGAAGAUUGACAGAGCCAUUGACAAUAUAGAGAAGGAGGAGAACAAACGUAGUUUGGGUGCUACCGAAUUAGGUGCGACGAUUUUCGGUGCUGACUCAUUAAAUUUCAUGACAGGCACGACAAGUGGUGUCGGUACAGCAGCCGGUGCUUCUUAUCCAGCUGUGCUGACUAAAUCGGUAGACGCAAAUUUGGGGCUCCUAAGUAAUACAGCUCCCAAGAAUCUGUUAGCGACGAUCGCCUCAAAAAUGAAUAUGACGACACUAGAUUUGGCUAAAAAGUUAGCGGCCAUGUCUAAUCCAUUGGAUUACGUGGCGAAGAAGGACCCGCAAUUGGGGGAAGAAAUGCAAAAAUUCAUAGACUUGAGCGUUAAUAAGUUAAACCAAAAUCCGAUAGGAAAGAAAGCUUCACUAAACGAGGUUUCUGUGGUCUCAGGCUUACCUUUAAUGGGACCAGACCAAUCCGGAGAGCCAGCACCAUUAAUGACUCAGAAUACUCCAUUUAGUAGGGUCCUUGCACUUGCACCCAGUAUAGCUCCCGCUCUCGGUCCCGCCACCGCCACUGCACUCGCAACCGCGACUCCCUCUGCAGUUACAUCUACUGUGGCGCCCACACAAGCUGAAGAUCAAUUGCGUGUCAAGGCAAUUGCGAAAUCUUCAACAUCAUACCAAUCCAGUGACGUCGAGGCCACCCGCAUAGCUGGUGUACUAGACAAGGUUCUAAGCAAGCUAGAAUAUAUCCAAUCAUGUAAAGCACCCCCAGAACCAAUAGAUGAUAGCUGCGAACCAGAUGGUAUGCCAUGUGAUGUUGUUGGCUCUUGGAACUCCUAUCAAAUGGGAUUACGUUUCGAUAUUACUUUGACGCGUGCGGCAGACCGGCGAUUGGGCACAGCUGAGAAGAACAAUAAACUCUUAACAGUGGAUGUAGGAGAACGCAUUCCGCCGCAUGCACAUCAUAUUAUUGAAACUAGUUGGAAGUUUAUGGGCAGCGCACUAAACCAACAAGGAGGCCCCUUCUAUCUUUACUCGCAAAAUCGCGAACUAAGUACAGUAGCUACCUUCAUAGGUUACUGUCGUGUUUGUGGUGGCAUUGAUACAAUUUUCGGGUCCUGGGCAAUUAUGGGCCCCUCAAAAGACUGUGAAGACAUUACAACAGCAUUGGAGAAUAGGCGCGACAUUUUUAGACGUUAUAAUAUGGAAAACAAACGAAAUCAGCAUUUCAAGAACAUGCUUUUCGAAAAAAGCCAAUAUUCCAAACCAGACUGUGAUGGCCCCAAAAAAGGAUGAGUAAUAAUGCUUUCCAACGACCUUCUAUUUCAGUUUCCCUUUUCCCGUUUCCGUUAUUCAGAAACAAAUUAAAAAACUAAAAACUACAACGUUAUAUUUGGCAAGCAUUUUACAUUGCCGUUAGUGUCAAUUACGAAUACAUAUUUACAUCAAGACAUUUCGCAAAUAGAUUAAAAGGAACACAAUUAUUCAUAGUCAAUUCUUUAUUUUUUAAGUGUUUCAUUUUAUAAUCAUAAAUUGUAAUAAUAUAUAUUUUACGUAUUAUUUAGUAUAUUAUAUAAUAUAUUUAACUGUGUGUGUGUAUGUGUUUAUGGACAAUAUUCAAUGUUUGUAUGAAUUUAAAACAUAGCUAAAAACUAAAAUCAAACGGAAAUAAAUAAUCGAGUCGAAUUCAAUAUGGAUGUUUGUAAAUAGUUACAUCCAUCCGAAUUCCAUAAUUGUAAUCAUUUAA